CUCGUGACCUUACGUCCAAUACAACAACCUCGCCUAACUUCACCAUAAUUCGAGGGAAGAGUGCUUCAGAUGACAUGUAAUUGUGUUACCUUAUACGUAGAGAUGGACCGAGAUUCUCAUAGAUAUGAAUCCUACAGCUAGCUAGAAUUAAUUCUCCUCUAGCAUAACGAAACAUGACAUCCAUCCCUCCCAAGACCAAGCCCAAAGAAAAAAACAAAAAAAAAAAUACAAUACCUAACUUAAAACCAGCCAUUAUCUCUCUCUCUCACACAAUGUCCUCAUCCUCCCCCCGAGUCCUAAUCAUCGGUGCUGGAAUAUCCGGCCUCGCACUCGCCCAAGGCCUCCGCCGCCGGGGUAUAUCAUUCACGAUCUUCGAACGCGACAUCCUCUCCGAACCCAAACGGCAAAACUACCGACACAAGAUCGCGGGGCCGAUCCAAACCAAAUUGCGCGAUCUCCUAACAGACGAAGCGUGGGAGGAAUUCGUCAAAAACGUCGCGGAGACGGCGUUGGGUGAGACGACGGUUAAUGCGAUUGAUGGGAGUGUGAUUGCGUGUCGAAAGGGGAGGAUUCAGAAGGGGACGACAGUUCCAUGGACGGUGGAAAGGAAUCUGUUGAGGAGGGCGAUGAUGAAGGGGAUUGAAGAGGAUAUUCAGUUUGGGAUGCGGUUUGUGAGGUUUGAAGUUCGUGAUGAUGAUUAUAGUCACGAUCAUGAUAAUAAGGACGAGGAUGAUGAGAAGGAAAAGAAGGAGGAAAGAAAAGGUGCAGUAGUAGCAGCAUACUUCCAAGAUGGGACGAUCGAAUACGGCACUCUCCUCGUCGGUGCAGAUGGUAUACGUUCAAAAGUCCGCAAACAACUCCUCCCUGACCUCAAGCCCGUCGAUACAGAAACAUGCUGUAUCUACGGUAAAACAUGGCUGAGUCACGAGCUACUAUCACGAUUCCCGCCUCAAUAUCGGAAAUGGCUAACCGUCAUUCGAGACCGGACUCCAUUUUUCCAUUCGACUAUCUCCGGCGAGGCGCCUAUCGCGCUGAUAUGCGAGCCGAUUCGCUUCUUCAGUCUUGAUAGAGGAAUUGUCCGCCCAGGUUCGAUCCAUUGGUGUCUGGUAUUUCCGCAGGAUACGUCUGGGUUAGGAUCAAUGGAGUUGAAUGAAGCGCUGGCUUCUUUACCUGCCGAAUUGGCGAUGGAGAUGACGAGCGACUGGCAUGUCUCGAUUCGAUCGCUGAUUGAGCUUCAGGAUCCUUCACUCACGAUUGGGAUGAGGAUUUAUUCUGCGGAUCCGAAUAUGGAGGCAUGGACGCCCUCGGAGAGGGUGACUGUUAUGGGAGAUGCGGUUCAUGUCAUGUCGCCGUGUGGGGGUGUGGGAGCUGCUGCGGCGUUGAAUGAUGCGUAUGCUUUGGUGAAGAUCAUAUGUGAGGAAGGGGUGUCUGGAACAUCGAUUGGGAAGUAUGAAGAGAGGAUGAGGGAGUUUGCAAAGGUGUGUAUUCAGAGGAGUUAUGAAGUAGGGGGGAAGAUGGUGGCAGUGCCGGCUUUUGAGGAGUGUGCGAAGGUAGAUCUAUAAUAUGCUUUGUGCGUUGUGGUUGGGUGAGAUCAAGUAGGGCUGCUUUUGUUGUAUACUUAUAGGAGGAUUGUCUUAAGCUGAAGAUAUGGGUUGUACUCAAUAUCAGAUUGCCAUUAUUA